UGUAGUAUUGCUUCAAACAUCUCCUUUGGCCUUGUAGCCAGCUGCUAACUCAAAUCUUUAAAAUCAUUCCUUCUUUUCUCAUUUCCAUCAAGAUUCAAAAAUCUUGACCAUCAAAAAGAAAGAGGAAGAGAAACAGAUUUCCCAUUUUCUUGCUUCUCUCUUUCUCUUUGCAAGGAAUUAAAGAUGAAGAAUAAUAAUAACAACAACACAAAGCUCAUUCUUCUUCACCCUUACAUCCAAAAACAAGGAAGCUCCAAUCGUUUAUGGCUUCUUGCAUUUGUCUCAUUCUUCACUAUUGCUUUUCUUGUUACACUUAUCUACACUAGAGAUUCCUUGCCCACUAAAGCCACCACAGCUGCCGCUACGGCUGCCAUGACCGCCGCUGCCUCCUCCUCCAUCUCUGCCAAUGCACAACUGCCUACAGCAGUUAUCAAUACUCUCCUUCACUACGCAUCAAGAUCAAAUGAUAGCUUUCAUAUGUCCUACUCAGAAAUCAAACCUAUAUCUGAUGUUCUCAGAAAAUGCUCGUCUCCAUGCAAUUUGCUUGUUUUUGGUCUAACACAUGAAACCCUUCUCUGGAAAGCAUUAAACCAUAAUGGACGAACAGUUUUCAUCGAAGAAAAUCGGUACUAUGCAGCGUAUUACGAAGAGCUACACCCAGAAGUUGAUGUGUUUGAUGUUCAAUACACAACUAAAAUGGGAGAGUUUAGAGAACUAAUAACAUCCACAAAAGAUCAAAUACGCAACGAAUGUAGGCCAGUGCAGAAUCUGCUCUUUUCAGAAUGUAAACUUGGGAUAAAUGACUUGCCAAAUCAUGUUUAUGAAGUGGACUGGGACGUGAUUUUGAUCGAUGGGCCACGAGGAGAUGGAGCAGAAGGACCAGGAAGAAUGGCACCAAUCUUCACAGCAGGCGUGCUAGCAAGAAGCAGGAAAGCUGGAAAUGGGAAGACUCAUGUUUUUGUGCACGAUUAUUACAGAGAAGUGGAGAAAGUGUAUGGAGAUGAAUUCUUGUGCAGAGAGAAUUUGGUUGAAGCUAAUGACAUGCUUGCUCAUUUUGUGGUGGAGAAGAUGGAUGAGAAUUGCUUCCAGUUCUGUCACAAGAAACCAUCAAAAUCAAAAUCAAAAUCAAAAUCAAAAUCAAAAUCAAAUCCUUCAUCACCAACAUCCUAAUUGUUUUUAUCAGGAUUCAAGAAAGGCAAUAUACUUCUUCUCUUGGGUCUAAUGGUAUAAAGUGGUAAAAAAGACUGGCUAUUUAUCAUCAUUUGCAAAGUAUUAGACCUUUUCUUUUCUUUUCCUUUACCUCAUGGAUUGGGGAUUGAUGGGAGUGUAAAAAAUAAUUCUUUUUGGCAUGGAAAAAGUUGUAAUUUCGUGGAUAUUGAAGCUUCAGAUUGUCAUUUA